AUGCCUGGUUGUGGUAAGUUUGCAUAUGAUUUAGGACAUAUUUUUCUAUCUGAUGGAGCACAAAGAGGACAUGAGCUCUUCAGAGAUCUUACAUAUUAUCUUAUGUUAAUGCUCAGACUCUUUGACUACGUACAAGCCCACAAUGCCUGCGCUAACCCGAUAUACAACGAGAUUAGUAUUCCAACGUGUUCUGAAGAAGAAAGAAAAGUUAGCUACAUCUCAGAGAAGAAACUCUCAGUAACACAGCUAUGUGUCAGAAUAAACAACUUGUACAAAAUUUGCAACGAGCUUGAUGUUGUGGAAGAAAAAGUCCUCACAGAUUUGAGGAACAAUGAGUCAACUUACCAUGACGACUUAACUAGCAACUUAGUAAAAAAGUUUGAGCUCAAACGAAUGGCUUGUAUUGAAGGCUUUCAGCAGAUUUCAGAGCUUUUGGCACACAAAGUCGUCUUCCAUGAUCUAAGCCAUGGAAUGUGA